UGAGUUAUGGCGAACGUGGGCUUCCAGCUGUUGGGCUUCGCACUGGCCUUCAUCGGCUGGGUGGCGGUAAUCACUAGCACGUCGCUCCCUCAAUGGAGGACCUCGUCCUACGCCGGCGACAACAUCGUCACGGCCCAGGCCAUAUACGAAGGGCUUUGGAUGUCGUGCGUGGCGCAGAGCACCGGGCAGGUCCAGUGCAAGGUCUACGAUUCCAUGCUGGAGCUUAAUCGAACCCUGCAGGCCACGCGGGCACUCAUGGUGAUCAGUAUCCUGCUGGGAGCCAUGGCGAUCCUUGCCUCAUGUGUGGGAAUGAAAUGCACGACCUGCCUUGCGGAUGACGAAGGAAAGAAGGCGAAAGUGGCAGGCACUGGCGGUAUCCUCUUCAUCCUCUCAGGUCUCCUCGCACUGAUUGCCACAGCGUGGUACGGGAACAACAUUGUGCGGGAAUUCUACGACCCCAGAGCCCCGGUCAACAGCCGGUUUGAGUUCGGCCAGGCUCUCUUCAUUGGCUGGGGAGCGGCUGCUCUCUCCAUUUUGGGGGGAGCUUUCCUCACCUGUUCCUGUACCAAAGGCAGGUCCUCGGGACGUCCGUACCCGCGAUCAACUCCCUCUGCCCCAAAGAACUACGUGUAAGCUUGGCCCACUUUCCCCUUUGGACUGGGGAUGCACCUGUGUGUCUCUGAGCUUUGCCAAGUGUUACCCCUGAUGAUGGUCCCCACAGGGACAGGUGGGGACCAAAGGGGCAUUAUCUCUGUUGGAGGGUAUUAGUGUGGUGGUCUUUGCCGCUCGCUGGAAUCCAUUUCUAAUCUCAGAGCAUCAACAGUGAUGUAUCCACAGCAAAUGCCUGGGCCCCACCUGUGUCCAUUUUAACCCACAAUGUCUGACCAUCACACACUGUCCUGUCAUUUCAAGUAAUCUUGAAUAAUUCCCAUUUCAUUAUUUAGAAUGUAGAUAUUAAGGCUUUCCUGCAGCGUAUAGUAUCUGGAGCAGUUUUCUUUCAAGGGGAGAUUGGAUGUAUCAAAGCCUGCAUCUGAGAUCACUGGUGGAGGGGGAUCUUUUUAAUGUCGCACUCAGGAACCCCAGGAGACUUUGGCCCAGACUCGGAUUCACCCUCAUAUCAUUUACAUUGUGUCGACCUCAGCGAAAAUCCAAUGAGAGGGUGGAGCAGAGGUGUCCAUUCUGUAGUUGUCUUGUUGAUGAUCAGUUAUGGCUCUUCAAAAUCCCGGCUGCCAGAGAUGGUAGCAUGUGUCCAGUUCACUCCUCUCCAUAGAUGCUGCCUGACCUGAGUCCAUCCAGCAUUCUGCGUGGGUCGUUCUGGAUUUCCAGCAUCCACACACACCUUGUCCACUCAUCCUUCCCCACUGAUCUCCCUCCUGGUUACACCUGCCCAUACACCCCUCCCUUACGAUCAUUCGAAGCCCCAAACCACUCUUCCAGAUGAGGCAAGUCUGUCAAAGGUUGCCUACUGUUUCCGACAUGGUCCCCCUACGUUGGUGAGACCCGGUGCAGAAUGGAGGAUGGAUUUGUCUAGCAAUUUUCUCUGUCUGCCACAAAAGGUGGGAUUUCCCGGUGGCCACCCAUUUCAAUUCUACUUCCCCUUCCCAUUCCGACAUGUCAGUCCAUGGCCUCCUCCACUGCAUGUUAACACAAACCAGCAGGAGGGGUCUUUAGGCUCCGUCUUCACACCGGUCCCCUGUGGUUGGCACACGGAUCUGACCUGAGUUCAGUUUGUCAGAACCCCGGGAAGGGUGGUCCUGACCUACAAACAAACUCUGAAGCAGCCUGCUGUUAAGUGCUGGACACUCAGACAGGGUCCGAGGCCUUGCAAUGCUGUAUGGGAUGGGUCUCCUGUGGAGAAAUGCAAACCCAGAAUCAUUGCAACUCUUCAUCGCAUUUCUUCAUCCAGGAUGGAGAACAGGCCCCAGUCCAUGUUGAACUAAUAAACCGCCCAGUCCCACUGAGCUGCACCCAGACCAGAACCGUCCAUACCCCUCCCAUUAUAUACCGAUCCAAGCUUCUCAUGUGCUGAGAUUCCACCCACACCCACCACUUCCACUGGCAGCUCGUUCCACACCCUCUGAGUCAGGAAGUUCUCCCUCAUGUUCCACUUAAAUAUUUCACUUUUCACCCUUAACCCACGACUCCCAGUUCUAGUUUUACCCAACCUCAGUGGAAAAAGCCUGCUUGCAUUUACCCUAUCUAUAUGCCUCAUAAUUUUAUAUUCCUUUGUCAAAUAUCCCCUCAUUCACCUACACUCCAGGGAAUAAACUCCUAUCAUAUUGAACCUUUCUCAAUAGUUUAGGACCUCAAGUCUCAGCCACACCCUUGAAAAUUUUCUCUGAACACAUGAUAACAGAGAUCCUGCCGAUGCUGGAAUUCAGAGUAACACAUACAGCCUGCUGGAGGAACUCCACAGGUCAGGCAGCAUCUGUGGAGGGGAAUAAACAGUUAACGUUUCAGGCCGAGACCCUUCAAUCAAUUGAAAGAUCAAGAAGUAGGAUUCUUAUCCAUAUAUUGUCAACUAUGUUUGGAGCUCAACUUUCUUCUUAAAUUCAGCAAAUGACGAGAAAUGGAUUUUCUGACCAGUUGCAACAUAAUCUCUCAGGCUGGGGUAUCAGAGUCAAUGCUCCUACCGAGCACUGGGGUCUCCUGGGCUCACUGCAGUUCCUAUUCUACCUAACUACCGAGCACUGGGGUCUCCUGGGCUCACUGCAGUUCCUAUUCUACCUAACUACCGAGCACUGGGGUCUACUGGGCUCACUGCAGUUCCUAUUCUACCUAACUACCGAGCACUGGGGUCUCCUGGGCUCACUGCAGUUCCUAUUCUACCUAACUACCGAGCACUGGGGUCUCCUGGGCUCACUGCAGUUCCUAUUCUA